GGGAAGGGAAGGGCUUGAUGCUGUCAGGGCCAAGUUGUGUGUCAUGAGAGCUCAAUCGCACUCUUCAACGUUGGCUUAGCCCAGCCACCAGCAGGGUCCUUACACUGCCAUAGCCACAGCCCUACGCUGCUCCCUACUCUCCCCCCGCUGCUCCUCGUCUCUUCUUCAUCCCCCGCACCCUCAUCUUGUUUCUAUCGUGGUGAUCGCUUCCUCUCUUUCUCCCCUACUGGUGGACCUAAGCCUCGCCUGAAUCCGUGCUCGGACGCCUCCGCGAGGUUUGUCUCGUUUGUUGCGGUGGUUUCUUCUUCGUACUCUUCGUCUUCUUCUCCUUCUGCUUUCUUCGCUACGGUAUUAGUUGCGUUGAAGCGUGCGCCGUUGGAUGGCGGAUUAGGGAGGCUAUGCGUCAGGUGAUGAAUCCGUCUCGAGCGCGCGGAUUUUUUUAUCAUCGCCUGCCGGUUUGGUUGAUAGUCGAGUGUGUGUGAGAGGAGGUCGGCCUGGGUUGUUCGAAUUCGGGCCUCGGCUGUGCGGUUUGGGUUGAGGCGGAUUCGUUAAUUGCGUUUCUUAUGGCAACUCGGUAUUAGUUGCGGGAGAGGACGCGUCGGCAUGUGAGGUGAACAUGAAGCUUCUGGGUGGAGGUUAUGAACAAGUUUGCGUGCUCCGGACGUGUUAUCGGGACAUCGUAUGGACGAGCGCUCUAACGGAUUGCUCUGUGCUUUCGCUCUGGGUGCUCAUCUGAGUGUGACGUUCUUCACCAGGGCUUGAGGAUUUUUUACGAAGCUCGACUAUGUAGUUGUGCAUCAUCUCAGACUUAGUGGAUCCCUGGACCUGCUGAACUGUUGUUUAGGAGGGAAUGACUUCUUGUUGCUGAGGAAGCUCUGAUUUCACUAAAUCUCCUACAUGUAUUUGUUCCCGAGGCGGCUGUGUGGGUUGUGACAAACUCUUCAUAAAUUGUUUAACACACAGCACCUGACAGGAUUUCAAAGCAAUGAGCAUGUAGUUUUUGUGUUAUGUUAUGUUAUGUUAUUUUUUUUUUUGGUUUGCUAGGGGAUAUGUUUAGCCUACGCGUGUCACAUUCAACGUUUUCCCUUCAUACUGUUGUCUAACAAUCUUCAUGGUCCUUUGCAGCACUUUGUAAUAAAACCUAAUCAUUGCGAGCCCGAAUUUUCGUUCUUAACAGUUCGAAUCUGAAAGAAUUGCGAUAGACGUAAUUCCGAACUGAUUCAGUUUUCGUGCUGUGCAGCUGUGCAGAUUCGGAGGUUUUUCUUGCAGGUCAGAGGUAGAUGAAUUUAUUUAGCAGGAGAUUUGUUAAUGGAAAUUGUUCCUUUGCGGCAAUUCAGGAGCACUUAGUUAUUGGAUUAAGCAGGUUGAAGCUUAGCGACCUCACAGUAAAUAUUGUCAGAUAGUCAUGGGUGACGACGGGAUCGAUUACGGUAAUGAUCAUGAAGACACAGAGUCUGAGGAGGAUUAUGUUGGAGACGAUGGCGCUUGCGCCGGAUACGAUGAUUAUGUCGGAGACGAUGAAGAGGUCUUGACUAAUCAGGAACCAGCAGAUACAAGUCACAAGGUUAUUACAAGAGAGUCACUUCUCGCUGCACAGAAAGACGAUAUAAGAAAAGUUGUUGAAGUUCUAGCAUUGCGACCACGCCAGGCGCGGACGUUGCUCAUACAUUAUAGGUGGAAUUUGGAAAAUUUGUUUGGUGCUAUUGCGGAAAAGGGUUACGGUCCAGUUUUCUUGGAAGCUGGCUUACCACCCCCUGAGACGGAGGUAGUUGUGCCUGUAGCUGACGAUGCAAGCGUGUCUGUUAGAUGUGGAACGUGUCUCGAAGACGUGCCAACAACUACUGCUACACGAAUGGAUUGUGGACAUGCUUUUUGCAACGAAUGUUGGACACAGUACUUCAUUAUCAAAAUAAAGGAUGGUCAGAGUCGACGAGUGACAUGUAUGGAGCAUAAUUGUGGUGCAAUUUGCGACGAAGACAAAGUACGGGAUCUGGUCGGUUUACAAGAUCCGGAGUCGGUUCAGCGUUACGAGAGGUUCCUUCUGGAGUCUUACAUAGAAGACAAUGCUAAAGUGAAGUGGUGUCCUAGUACUCCUCAUUGUGGCAAUGCUAUUCGAUUGGAAGGGGAGCCAUUCUGUGAGAUCGAAUGUAAAUGUGGGCAGCAAUUUUGCUUCAACUGCAUGGCUGAACCUCACUCUCCGUGUUCCUGUAAUAUGUGGACAUUAUGGGAUAAGAAGUGCAAGGACGAAUCUGAGACAGUGAAUUGGCUUACCGUCCACACCAAACCUUGUCCAAAGUGCCAUAAACCAGUGGAGAAAAAUGGUGGCUGUAACCUUGUCAGCUGUAUCUGCGGUCAGGCGUUUUGUUGGCUAUGUGGAGCAGCGACUGGUCGUGAACACAACUGGAAUAGCAUUGAAGGGCACAGCUGUGGUCGUUUUCAGGACGAAAAGGAAAAGGAGGCUGCAAGAGCGCAGCGAGACUUGAAACGAUACAUUCACUACCACUCCCGCUGGAAAGGGCAUCUAGAUUCUUUAAAACUGGAACAGAAACAGGAAGAGACUGUUAAAGAGAAGAUCACUACACUUGAAGCAAGUCACUGUCAAGUUAAAGAUUACAGCUGGCUUACUAUUGGCUUGCAGAGGCUAUUUCGUGCUCGCCGGGCUCUCUCCUACUCGUUUGCUUUCGCCUACUUUAUGUUUGGAAAUGAUUUAUUCAAGGAUGAUAUUUCUGAAGAACAAAACGCUAUCAACCAGAAUUUGUUUGAGGAUCAGCAGCAGAAGUUGGAGGAAACGGUGGAGCGCUUGUCCAAGCUCGUGAAGGUGGUUGAAACCCCUUUGGAAGAAAACACUGAUGAUAGUUAUAUGCAGGAUAUUCGUCUGCAAGUUAUUAACUUUACCACUUUGACUGAUGGUCUCUGUAGACGCAUGUACGAGGUGAUAGAGAAUGAUCUAUUAGGUUCCUUGCAGCUUGCUACGCAUCACAUUGCCCCUUACAAGACUGGUGGUGCAGAAAGGGCCUCUGAGAUUGCUGCGGAACCUGAAAGGUUUCACAUUGAUCGGACCCAAGAUAUUAAAUCUGAGUCCAGGUCCAAAACAGACUGCCUUUCAAUUGCGAAUGUUGCAGCAGAGCAUGCUGAUGGAGAUAUUGGAGGCAAGCAGGUGAAACUUGAGGUGGAAGUUAGCGGGGAUGUUGACAUGUCUGAAACACCUAGUGCAGACAGAGUACACAAAAGGCCGAAUUUGUACCCCAGUUCACCACGAAGCUGCAAACGGUUUGGUAAAGAACCCUCUGUUUCUGGUCCUUCAGUAGUUCGAGAACCAGGAAAGACAUUUGGGUCAAUAUCUGAAAUUGUAAUUAAUAGUGAUGCAGCAUUAGACUCUGUUCCCAGUUCUAGCUAUUCUACAACAUUGUGGGAAGGGAUAGCUCUUGGCAGCAAAGAUGUAAGUGGCCAACAAAGGUUAAAUCCUGCGGAAAAGUUGCACUGGGAAAAUGCAACCUUGUCGGCCUCGCCUACAGGUGAAACUGAUGGUCAAGAUGAAUUGUUGCAACAGCAGAGUGAUUCAACUGAAUGGCAGUUUGGGGCCCUGAAUGCACAACCUGCAGUCUCCACAUGUUCCAGUGACUUCGAUUCCCAAGGAGGCAUUAUACAAAUGAACAUUAACAGGCCGUGGAAUGACGGGUGAUGCAGGUAUAAAUUUGUCAUGGGAUUAGCGAAUGAAGAGGCCUGCUUUGAGAAUUUUGGAUUAAAAGACAGGAGCAGGCUAAAGCUUUUGUUGUUUCGUUACAGCCUGUGUUUUCCUUCUUCAGGGACCGACUUCCUUCAGUACACAUUGGUUGAGGAUACUGUCUAUCUUGAAGUCCGCUUGGAGUGAGGCUAAACGAAGCUCUCAUUCUCUCUUUCAAGACUGGUUAUGAACAAAUCGGGUUGCCUCGCUGGCUAUCCAUAAAGAUGGAGCCUGCAAAGCAGCAGGCCAUAUGCCCCUCGUAUAAUCCUUUAGCUGAUGGAUGCUUGCGGCUGGGUAUGUUUUUUACUAGAACCAUAAUCACAGCUUGAUAUCUGAUUUUAGGUGCACACCACUUGUUUGCCUGAGACUCGAACUCGUCGCUUGAUUCACUUUCUGUUGAGGGUGCAACUAAGCUGUUUACCUCUUCUUGUGGCCACGAGAAACGUUCAGGUUGAGCAGUUGAUAAUUUGGCUGAGCAGAGCAGUGACACUCUUAAUGUAAAUACGUUGUUAUUUUAUGGGUGCCCGCAUUUCUUGGAUUUGUAAGAGGCAAGUCUUGCUACCCAUGCAGCGAGGGUAUGAAUAUUGUGAAAGUUGCACUUGGGACCUAGCUUUUAAUGCAGUUUUAUGGCCUGUCUCCACUCUGCUUAUUUC